AUGCCAACAUCAUUAGAUUCUAUUACAAUACCUCAAUUGAUGUCAUUUACUGAUACUGAUGAACAAUUCUUAUUUUGUAACUCAAAUACGCCACAUAAAGUUAUCGCAUUUGCAUCGGAAACAGUAUUACAAAUCUUAAGUGAAAACCAUCAUUGGAAUGCUGAUGGAACUUUUCGUACAGCACCAUCACUGUUUAGCCAAGCAUAUUAUAUACAUGUAUGGGAUGAAUAUAGUAUGAAACCAAUGUUCAGUAUGCAGGAAAAAAAUAUCACUUUAAAACCAUUCUCAAUAUUAAUUGAUUUUGAGCAGUCUUCAAUAAAUGCUAUUAAUAAAGUAUUUCCGUCUACUAAAGUCAAAUGUUGUCAUUUUCAUUAUGCACAAAAUAUUUGGAAAAAACUUAAAAAAUAUGAUUUAGUUAAAUUAUCAAAAGAAGAACAUAUUAGAAGACAAAUAGCUAAUAUUAUAAGUUUGCCUUUAGUACCAACAAACGAAAUAAAUAAUUGCAUGGAACAAAUAAUUGAUGUUUUAUGCAAUAUUGAUUCGAAAUUUGAAAAAUUUACUGACUAUGUAUUAAAUAAUUAUGUCGAAGAUGCUCGAUCUUCAUCUGAUAUAUGGAAUCAUUUCGAUUCAAUUGGUGAAAGAUCUCACACUAAUAGCCAUGUGGAAGGUUGA